CACAAGGCUGAGAAAGGGAUUGAAGAAGUUGAUUUACGUUAGCACAAUGGCUACCGUCAGUCAGAUUUGGCCAUUUGAGAGGAGACGCUGCCUGAAAGCCCAUGGAAUCAUAAUACUGUUAUUUUUGGAUCUAUGUUUGCAAGGUGUGAAUGGUAAGGCUAUGCAACAUCACAUAUGCUAAAACGGAUUUGUAUAUCCCAGGGCUAGGCUUCAUCUGUGAUAUUUUUUUCUUCUGAUUCUAGUUAGCUAGCUAGCAAAGUAGUUAGCUGGCGUAAAGCAUUAGCUAGCUAGAUAACAAGAGUUUAUGGCAAAUGUCCACACAAUGGUAGUCUGCAGGUCUAUACAGACGCCUGACAGACAGUUUACUGUAUUCUGAUCCUACUGUAAUUUAUCUGGAAAGCUAGCUAACUAAUGUACAAUUGCUCCAGCUAGCUGUGUUUAUUAGAUUGUUAGCUGUAACGGCUAGCUACAUGAUGCACCCUUCCCGUUAUCUAUGCCAACCCCUCUGUCUUCCAGGGUACCUGAGCUCCCCACGCGUGGGACAGGAGCCCCCUUACAGCCAAGAUGCUCAGCCAGUCAUCACCAGCCCGGUGGUUCCUGCUCCAUCAUCUGGUAAAAUCUCCUCCCUAGCCUCCAUCCAUGGGAUGUUUUUAUCAUGUUGACGCUGACAGUGUCUCUUUGGUGUGCUGUUACUGAAUGAGGUCCAUGGGGCAACAUACAAUCUUGUGCAUUGUUUUGCAGCAUCUCCAACUGAUUCAGACAGCUAUGCUUCCAAAUGCCCCAGUGGGGGUCAAUGCAACAGACUGCCCGCUGACUGCAUCAACUGCAGCUAUCACCACAACUGUAGCUAUGGCAAACCAGCCUCUUUCUCUUGCAAGGCCAAGAGAGGAGUCCACUGCACAGUGAGUUCAGUUUGCCAGUUGGACACAGAUUGUUCUUGACAAAGAACAAGGAGCUCCAUUUACAAAGAAAAUAUGUAACUGUAGCACUUUGUCAUUGUGGUGUUGAUGCUUCAGUAUGCUGUUUAUUUUUCUCUGCUUGCAGGGGGAGUCGGGGCAGCAGCAGACCAACUUCUCCCUGUCCAUCACGUGCCAGUUCUGCUGGCAGCUGGACCCAUCUCAGUACAGGUGCUCCAACUCCACCAACUGUAUGACGGUCGCCUGCCCUCGCAAACGCUACAACGCCAAAUGCCAAGUACUGGACCACGUACACUGCUUAGGUAUACACUUACUGUACAGUGUAUCUGGGUCAUUUAUUGUUCAAAUACAUACACGCCCCUCCAUAUGUAUUUGGACAGUGAAGCAAUAAAAAAUAUAUAUAUUUGCUCUAUACUCCAGCAUUUUGGAUUUGAGAUCAAGUGUUUCACGAGGCAACAGUGCAGAAGAAUGCCACCUUAUAUUUGAGGGUAUUUUCAUACGUUUUACCAUUUUAAAAAUGAAAGCACAUUAUGUAUCUAGUCCCACCCAUGUGAAGAAGUCAUAAGUAUUUUGACAAAUUCACUUAUAGUAUAUUAAAGUUGUCAAAAGUUUAUUUGGUCCCAUAUUCCUUGCACGCAAUGACUACAUCAAGCUUGUGACUCUACAAACCCAUUGGAAGCAUUUACAGUUUGUUUUGGUUGUGUUCUGGGUUAUGUUUUGUCGAAAAGUAAAUUAAUGGUGAAUGAUGAUUUUCUUUCUAAGUGAGUAGAUAAGAUACUUCUGAACACAAUUAAUCCUGAUAAUGCCAUUAUUAAGAAAAAUCAUGAAUGAAUAAUGAGUGAGAUGCCAUUCAGAGGCUACAACAAAACAUGCUAACCUCUCACCAUUACCAAUAACAAGGGAGGAUAGUAUUUUUUGGGGGGGGUAUGAUCUUUGUGCCUCUGUAACCUUCUCACGUUGUUAGCAUCUACAUGAAUGUAGAAGUGUUCAGAAACGUCUUCUAUUCUUACUUACAAUAAAAGUGACCCCAAAAUGGCACAAGACAUUAUUCACCAUUCAGUUCCUAUUGGGCAAAACAAACCGCAAAUGCAUCCAAGUUUGUAGAGUCACAAGCUUGAUGUAGUUAUGGUGUGCAACGAAUAUGGGACCAAAUACUAAACUUUUGACUACACUAUAAGUUAAUUUGGCCAAAUACUUAUGACUUCUUAAAAUGGGGGGACUAGAUUCAGGAAGUGCUUUAUAUCUCGAAUCUAAAAUGCUGGAGUAUAGAGCCAAAGAAAAAAAAAAUGCUUCACUGUCCAAAUACGUAUGGAGGGGAGUGUAUACUGUGCAGUGCAUUCAUUACAACUGUCUUUUGUUCUCAGGUAAAAGAGUAUUUCAUAAACGUUUGUAUUGCAACUGGACAGGAGGGUACAAGUGGUCUACAGCACUGGCACUCAGGUAAGACUCCUGCACAAGCGCACAAAAAAAAAAGACAUCUCUGGUUGAAAACGCCCUAUGUGGCAUCGAUAUUAGUCAGAAACAUUUAUUUUGGUGCCAAAAUUGACUACAGAGUGUAAAUAGGACAAUUUUGGUCAUAAAGUCAGUAUCUUACAAAACGGAGAUUUCAGGAAUCGAGAACAACAGCGUUUUCCUUGGGUUGGGUUUAGAUUUCCAUCCUGCCCACACAGAACCGCUGUCUGGCACGGUUUGCGGUACUCAUAUCAUCCGGUGCGCGUGUGCUGCAGUGCAUGCUAUCCAAUCGUAGCAGCAGAAUCAACUUACAGCCCUGCCCAUUUCUUUACACACAGCAGAUCUACCAAUAAUCGACAGUGUUGGGUUGAAAAAACGAGACGUGUUAAUUAUAUACUGAUGUUUUUUCCAACUCAAGCGUUCGUGAGCUAACGUUAGCAUCACAAACAACUGUCAUUAAAGAUACUCUAGAAAGGAGGAAAUGCAUAAUGCGCGGAGCUUGGGAUUCUUGACCAAUCACGUUAAGGUUGUCAUGCUGCGUCACGCAGUUGCUAAGCCAUUCGUCACCCAACCCCUUGUUGAACGUACAGUGGCUGUUUGGGAUGUUUUAGCUACAGUGACUGUAGAGGGACAAACAACAAUAGCGGCCAGGGUACGAUAUAGCUAACAUAACACACACACAUCGAACCACACCCCCAAGCUGCAAAUCUUUUUUUUUCAUAAUGAGUAGCAGAAAAACAGCACCCCUUUAAGACCACCCCAACUAGCUUAAGUGUGUUAGAGCUUUCUAAUAGUUUAAUCGGUUUCUUAUACUUUGAAUCUUUUAUAAAACAUCUUUAUCCUUGAGAAAAAAAUUCAUGAAAAUCUUCUCAUUUGUAAAGUAAAUUAGUGACUUGGUAGCACAACAGUCACUCAAACCUCUUAAGGACAAAACAAGCCAUGCUGAUAAAGGUUAAAAGCAGCGAGUGUCCAUCCUACCGCCUCUGACAACAGAACAUCAGCCGUCAUUUUAUUUUAAUUUCCCAACGAUUGUACACGUUGACUCGCCACCCUUCGUCAACACCAAGCAGGUGGUCUACUGCGCAAGGAGGACAUUCAAUAUGGCGCGCCUUCCCGCUUAGAUGUCCAGGUCUGCUAUGCUCUUAACUGUGAUUCUACUGGUAAAAGUGACGUUAUUGUUUUGUCUAUCUGCAGCAUUACACUAGGUGGAUUUGGGGCUGACCGGUUCUAUCUAGGCCAGUGGAGAGAGGGUCUGGGCAAGCUGUUCAGCUUCGGUGGCCUGGGCAUCUGGACCCUGAUUGAUGUGCUGCUGAUUGGGGCGAGCUAUGUGGGGCCAGCCGAUGGCUCCCUCUACAUCUGA